AGUUUUGUCAGACGUUUGGAAGGUCAUAUGUCAGGGUCGUGGUAUAACCUUGGUUUUGAUGAGUCAUCAAUGACGGUACAUUGUUGUGGUCGGGGUGGCGGGAGAGUACGUCAUUUACUUCAGCCAGACAUGUCUCAAGCUAUAGAUCGCUAUAGACCUGAUGUUGUGUUGCUACAAAUAGGAGGGAACGACCUUGAUUCCCCAGUAUGUGAGGACAUACAAGGACGUUUAGCUCAGGAUAUAUUCUCUGUGGCUUCAUGGAUUGUGAAUGGCUUUAACGUAGACAGUGUUGGUAUUAUGCAACUUAUGUACAGAACAAAAACACGACACAUAGCAGUGGAGGUAUAUAAUUCAGCUGUUGACUUUGUUAAUAUGACCCUGAAAACGUUGUGUGCAGACCCAAGUCAGUGUUUUUAUUGGAGACAUAAAGGGUUAAAGACGGGGAUAUUUAAUUGUUUGAACCAAGAUGGCGUCCAUCUUUCAUCGGAGGGUACACGCAAGUUCAUUCUGUCAGUGCGUGGGGCAGUCCUUAGGGGAAGGUCGUUGUCCGCUUCGCAGAGUUCCGAAUAAGAUACUAUGGGUCCAGAAAGACGUCGCCCAAGGCGACAGGCUGCGCUCAAUAACAGGGCAGUCAGGCCUAGGCCUAGAACUGAGCUACAAACCAACAACCAGACAGAGGUGGUAGAUCAAAGCCAACAGAGUUCAGGGCCGGCAGCUACUAACACCUUUCCCUCUGCAAAAGAAAUUGCAGCACAAUUAUUGGAACAGAUGCUGGAAAAAGGGGUAGCGACAGUGUUACCCAGUGUCCAGCUGCCAUCCAUCGACAUGUCUACAGGACCACCAGCAGCGUUAGGCGCACCACCUACUGUCGGUACUGACCAAGCCACAUAUAAUCUGCUCCACAAUAUACCCGCUGGUAUAAACAGGCCGCAGAUGCCCAGUCACUCCGCUGCGACAGCAUCUACACUGCAAUCCGUGAAUCCUUCAUCAUCUUCUGGGCAUGCGAUUUCAACAUCACCAUCACUCCAGUCACCAGUACAGUCUGUAAUUAAUGACAUGACAGGUGAGGCACAUAGUGUGUCUAAGUACAGCAGCAUUUCCUUACCUCUCGGGCUUAACUUAGAUCCCAAAAUAAUUGCAAAAAUUCAUAGCCAUGAAUUUAUUGAAUUCGGUGUGUUACUUUCACCUAACUUAAAAACAAAAGAGUGUCAACUCCAGCUGCUGGGUAAUGAAAUUUCAGUAGUCCCCAAACAAAAACAAUUUCAAAUUCGGACAAUUGAGCAAUGGCUUCAAGCCUUCCACAUCUUUGCAGCUGUUUAUGUACAAAGUCAUGCACACCGUAUUGCAGGUCUCCUUAAAUAUGCUGAUACCAUUCAAACACUUGCCCGAAGGUCAGGAUUUGCUGCAGCAAUUUUUUACGAUACUCAGUUUCGUCUGUUAAUGCAAUUUAACAGCAGCAUUUCGUGGGACUCAAUCAAUCAGGAGUUGUAUUUGCAUGCAUUAGCCAUAAGCCUUAAAACGGCCCAAAAACAGGUGCCCUUUCAAUCAAACCCAGCCCAUCCAAACAGUAGUGGGACGAAAGUCAAGGGUAGGUGCUGGGACUUUAUGCAAUCUGGGACAUGCUCAUAUGGAGCACAGUGUAGAUUCCUCCAUGUAUGUGCCAGGUGUGGGGGCAACCAUCAUGUUAAACAAUGUAAGUCCCAAAACAACCGAUUUCCACACAGAGCCGGUCAAAACGCAACAAAUAAUGGGGGGUCCCAAACUGACCCAUCCAAUACAAAUAAAUCAACAAACAACACCUCAUCAGUCCGCAGUGCUAACACAAAUUCCAGAGGUCGUCCAGGCAACACCUCAUAAACUUCCCUCUCCAGUCAAAUUUAACAUAUUGCAACAGUAUUUGACAGGAUAUGAUGUUUCUAAAUUGGCUCUAUUACAGACGGGGUUCACACAGGGGUUUUCUUUACAGCAUCAGGGCAUCCGAACUUUUCGGGAUUCCAAAAACCUCAGAUCAGCAGAAGAAAAUCCUCAAAUUUUACAACAAAAAAUUGACAAGGAAGUAUCGUUGGGUCGGAUCGCUGGGCCAUUUGAUUCACCGCCAUUUCAAAAUUUCCAUAUAUCCCCUUUGGGGUUGGUCCCGAAAAAAGAAAAAAAUGAGUUUCGGCUAAUUCACCAUUUAUCAUAUCCUAGCGGUUUUUCUAUUAAUGAUGGCAUUUCCUCAGAAGACUCUUCGGUUCAAUAUCAGAACAUUUCUGACGCCAUUGGUCUUGUCAAAUAUUUCGGCCCUGGGACUUUGCUCGCAAAGACCGAUAUUGAAAAUGCUUUCCGAAUUCUGCCCAUAUCGCCUAAUGAUUAUGAAUUGUUGGGUAUGAAGAUCGCUGGGAAAUACUACUUUGACAGAGUCCUCCCCAUGGGAUGUUCAAUAUCUUGUAAUCUUUUCGAACAGCUCAGCACAGCUCUACAUUGGGCAAUGGAGAAUCAUUUUCAGGCAGCAGGAGUAGUACAUGUAUUAGAUGAUUUCCUAUUUGCUGGCCCUCCUAAUUCAGAAAAAGGUCGGGCGGACUUAGUUUCAUUUCUAGCAUUAUGCCAGAGAGUAGGCAUCCCUAUAAAACAUUCCAAAACCGUACAGCCCACAACAACAAUAACCUUUCUUGGGGUGGAAAUAGACUCUAUCGCAAUGGAAGCUAGGCUCCCACAGGAAAAAGUGGAGAAAGUUAAAGCGCUUUUGUCUAGUUUUAGCUCCCGUAAGAAAGUUACCCUUAAAGAGCUUCAGUCCCUUAUAGGUCUGCUUAACUUUGCAUGUUGUGUUGUUCUUCCAGGCCGCCCCUUUUUGCGCCGUCUUAUCGAUCUCACCAAAGGGAUUGUAAAACCCCAUUUCCACAUUCGAUUAAAUAGGGAGGCACGUUUGGACAUUCAUGCCUGGCAACAAUUCAUCAAUUCAUUCAAUGGGGUUUCUCUCAUUCUAGCUGAUAGGUGGGAAACAUCUAACCAUCUACAUUUCUAUACAGAUGCUAGCGGUCUGGGGUUUGGGGCAGUGUUCAAUGAACAAUGGUUUUAUGGGGAAUGGCCAGAGGCAAUGAUGUCACAUCACAUUACCAUUAAGGAACUAUUCCCUAUUGUUAUAGCAGUAGAGAUAUGGGGAGAACAGUUGAAACACAAAUGUAUUUUGUUCCACAGUGAUAAUGACGCUGUUGUUUCCAUUUUGAAUAAACAUUCCAGCAAAGACCCAGUAGUUAUGAAACUUGUACGGAGGUUGGUUGUAAAAGCCUUACAGUUGAAUAUUCUUUUUUGUUCUGAACAUAUCAUGGGUAAGCGAAAUAUCUUGGCAGAUGCUUUGUCUCGAUUGCAGGUGCAAACCUUCCGAGAGCUGGCUCCACACAUGAAGCGCAACCCGGUGCUGGUACCAGCACAUCUUUUGUUAAUUUGAUUACUCUAGUACAACAUCUUCUGAUGAAUGCCAUAGCACCCCAAACCAGAAAGAGCUACAUAAGGGCUUUCAGUCACCUCCAAGAGUUCAUCAGUACACAUUUUAACAGUACACCAUGCUUACCCACUACAGUGGACAUGCUGGUAUAUUUCAUAGCUCAAAUGUAUAGCGAACAGAAAGCUACGGCAACAAUUAAGACUUAUGUCGCUGCAGUGGGCUAUAUUAACAAGUUGGCAGGUUAUUCAGACCCUGCUCAGUCUUUUAUAAUCAAAAAGAUUCUAACUGCGGUCCAACGGGGCUCAUAUCAACCUGAUUCUAGGUUACCGAUUACACCACAUAUCCUACAGAAAUUAGUUAAAGCACUCCCUAGAACAUUUUUGUCACAAUAUCAACAAUUUAUGCUCAAAGCAAUGUAUCUUUUAGCUUUUCAUGCCUUCCUGCGGGUGGGUGAAAUGACUGUCAAUUCGUUCAGCUGUCAUACUCUUCAAUUUCAAGACAUAAAUAUUCAGUAUCAGCACGGGGUUCCUCUUAAAUUAGAAGUUACUUUCAAAUCGUUUAAGGGCAAUUAUAAUAUAAGACCCAUUGUAAUAUCAAUUGAAAGAAAACAGGAUGCUUCCGUUUGCCCGGUGUUAGCUUUGAGUCAGUACAUUAGUCUACGUGGGACCUACCCAGGUCACCUUUUUGCUUUUCCAAUUAAUCAGCCGGUCUCUUAUCAGUAUUUUACGGAUAGCUUGAAGCAGACUUUCUGUGCUGCGGGCAUAGAUGCAAAAGGCUAUGCAAGCCAUAGCUUUCGAAUUGGUGCAGCCAGUACUGCUGCUGCACAGGGGAUACCGGAUGAGGAUAUUCAACACAUGGGCAGAUGGAAGUCUCUAGCUUUCAAGCGAUACAUUAGGCUACCAACAAUUUUUGGUAAUACAUAAGGAAUCAAUGUUCAUAUUUAAAGGGUUAUAGAUGUAAUCAUCCGAGAUCAGUUCGGAGAUUUAGGUACUUAACGGAUCCCCGAGUUGUCCCGGGUUAACCAAUUAGUAAAAUUUACCCUAUAUAACUGGUGUUACAAAAUCAGCCUGGGCAUUGGGUCGAGGUUGAUGAUGAAUUUGUGUAUUUUAUUGAUUCAUGUUUGGUUUUUAUUGUGUAUAUUAUGCAUAUUAAAGAUGAUUUUUCAACUUGGGCAUUGGGUCGAAGUUGAUUGUUACUUAAGUUUUGUUAGCAUAUACCCAUUUAACACAUUGGUAUCUUAUCAGAUCUCUACUUUCAUUUAGUAGUACGUGGGUUCUUUGUCAGAGUUCGCACUUUUUCAACUUGGGCAUUGGGUCGAAGUGAGAUCUGGUUUCUGUUACUUGCAUUUUUAGCUUUUAAUGAUCUUAGCACAAGGUCAGAGUCCCAUUUUUUCAACCUCAGCUGAUGUUUUUUAUGUUCGAUUAAGGUUACAUUCGUUAUAUGUACACACAGAGGUGCACAUUAUGUUGAUGAGUACACAUCAGUCAACAUCAGUUCUCAACUUGGGCAUUGGGUCGAAGUUGAGGUUUUGUUGUACGUAUAAUUUUGUUAUUUCUUUAAGGUAUUAAUUGAUUAUUAUACUGUUCUGGUGACUGGAUAACAAUUCAUAUAUGGUUAUGGCACAGGAUUUGGAGAUGUUCAAGCCUUGGAUCUAUCGUGCGAAACUGGAUUUCCAUAUAUGGACUAUGGACUAUAUGGACGGUCAUAUUCCUUACGAAUCUUUUGUGAUACGCCAGUCAACGGGAGAACAUUCACUUCCAAUCAUAUAUGUGAUAGCUCAGGCAUUGGGUCCGAGUUAUUAUACAUAUUUAGACCAGUGACCGUGUUGAAUACAAUCAGACAAUAUCAUUCUUCUAUGAGAACCAUUUAUAUAUGUUCCAGUUUUCCAACAUUGUUUACUUUGGUUGAUUUAAAUAACUAGUAUCUUGUCAUGAAGCAACUUGUAGUGUACAUGUACUUUUUCUUGAUAAAGUUUAUUUUUCACAGGCUAUAUUUCCUUUAUUGAGGUAAUGGUCGUGAGGGCUUCGGGUGGGGUAUGUUGUUCUGGAAAUUCCAGGAAAUUCCCGAAAAUUUCCCUAGCACAACAUUGUGGCGUUUUUUAUCCCCACCUAGGACCAAAUGUUUUGUUAUGUACUAAAUGUUGGUUCAGGCUUGGAAAUCCAUAUUUCCAGGUCUGUCGUUUAUAUAUAAUAAACGGCCAAUUUCAUUCUAAA